GUGUACUUGAUGAGUGUUGAAAGAGGCUGUGAAUUUGUGAAUGAACAGACGUGACACGUGCAGUGUUUAUUUGUUUGUGAGUUGCACAGGUAAUGUCCUUACAUUCUCCCAAUCAAUCUGCCGCUCACUCGCGGCCUAUAGCAUACAGCGAGCGAUGCCAUUAGUAUGAUGACUGGCUCAGUGGCCCGCGCUCAUCGCACUCUUCAUCUCCCAGCCGAUGAUUGAUCCAGCCACUGGACCGUAGUGUUACACUCGGGAGGAGGAGAAGUAGAUGUACUAGCUAAAGGAGGAGGUUAAACAGCGCGGGGACACUUGUGAUAUCGAAUUCUAACAAGCUGGAUUUCUGUUAAACAAAAGCUUUGGAUUAUUUACCGUGUAACCAAGUCGAUAGUCAGUGUUCAAAAGGAUUUGUGAUAUUCUGUGAGGAAUUUCUACUAUUUUGUGUGGAGAGUAUGUGAUUCCAACGCCAAAGAGAUAUGACCGUGGGGUCGGGCCACGCCAUACACUCCCGGGGGUGGUGGCUGUUGCUUCUGGCCUGUCUCGGACAGACCGCAUACGGAGCUGUUUUCUUUGUCAGUAAUGGAACAAGCAUCCUUAAGUUUGAUUCUCGCUCUAAAGCUGUUGAUGUUAUCUACACCAAGCCAUUAGCAAAGAUCAUUGGUCUGGCAGUGGACACCUCGGACAAUGUCCUGUUCUGGUCGGACAUCAGUGCUGACCAUCGGGGGCUUUACACUGCCAAUCUGGAGGGGCAGGAUGCUCGUCUGCUUACUGCAGACAUACAGGAAGUUAACGGCCUUUCCCUCGACUGGGCGUCCAAUCAUAUCUACUGGACGGACGCCAAACGCAGGACGCUAGAGAUUGCCAACUAUGACGGUAGCGGGCGCAAAAUCCUAGUGUCCCUUACUAGCAAGGAGGAGCCAAGAGGCAUUGUGGUAGACACGAUACUGGGAUACCUGUACUGGGCUGACCAGUGGAAUGGCCGAAUUGAACGGACCAGGCUUAACGGGAAAGGGCGAGAGGUGGUGGUCAACAAAGGUGUUUACUGGUCAAAUCAACUGGCACUCAGUAUGGUAUUUAGGAAGCUGUACUGGGUGGAGGCCACCACUUCAAGUGGCAUCAUGUCUUGUAAUCUCGAUGGCACAGGUAUCAAGAAGGAGCGUGACCUCUUCAACAUAACCUCUGGUAACCCCAGCUUUGGACUGGUCGUCAUCGGAAACAAGGCCAUUGUUAGCACCUGGUACAACAAUGCCAUUUUCUCAACUCUGGUCGGCACACCAGUAUCUCGCUGGAACACAGAAGUUUCUCACUUGGGCACAGGAAAGCUCUACAGCCUCGCAUCUCUCGACCGCUCGACCCAACCUGCAUACAACCACCCCUGUGGCCACAGAGACCGGGGAGGUUGUUCCCACCUGUGCCUGCCCUCGGGGUGGGGCACCGCAUAUGACUGUGGCUGUCCGUCCUUUUCUGGCCUCGCACUUGACACGGACAAAGCUACCUGUUCAGAACCUGACGAGCUGAUGUUGUAUACAUUCCAAGAACUAGGGGAGGUGGGAUUCACAAAUCCAGUUCCUUCAGACAUUCCACAGACAAAUAUUCUAGGGCAGAGUCACAGCCCGAACUCUGUCACUUACGAUCCUCUACAACAGAUGGUGUACUGGAGUAAUCGGGAGGGACCCAGCGCCAUUUACAGGUCUAACCUGCAGGGACAGAAUAAAGAAGAGUUCCUCAAGGAAAAAGACGGCCUGGGUUAUGUUGACGGUCUUGCCCUGGAUUGGAUUGGUCAGUACCUGUAUUUCACCAACAGCGGUCAAUCUCAGACAUUCGCAGGAAGUGUCUUCCCCUGGCAUCGCGUAGAGAUGGUCAGCCUUGAUGGACGAGUAAGGCGCACUGUGGUCACAGAUGUGCAACAGCCAAGGAAGAUUGCCAUUGACCAUCAUAAAGGGUUUCUGUAUGUGGUUGAUGGAGGUGAUGAACCGCGCCUUCUCAGGACCAACCUCGAUGGCUCUCAGCCCACGACCUUAAUCGACGGCAAGGUGUUGACCAAUCCACUGGCUGUGUCCAUAUUUGGUAACCUUGUUUACCUUGCUGAUGGUACGGCAACCAAAGACAGCUCGGCUCUUAUUUCGUACAACUCGGUCAAUGGCAGUGUAACCACACUCAUGAAGACGUCUUCGAACAUUUUGGAUAUCACUUCAUCGUCGACGUCGGUGUACAUUUCCACAUAUGAUGAAGAACAAGAUCAAGGUCACAUAUAUGUCCUUGAACUUGAGACAUUAAAGAAAAGUGAACUCAACUUCCAAGGACACAUUGCUACCGGAUUGUCCUAUUCCAGGAGGGUAGAAGUCAUUGCACCACAUGAAGACCCAUGUGAGGAUGCUCCAUGUAGCCACAAAUGUAUCCGUGUGACCAUCCAGUCUCCCCCCUACAACUGUAUCUGUCCUGAUGGUACCGCCAUGAUGAUGACCAAUGAUGGAUCGACUUGUCUUCGCCCUGAGAACUUCAUGCUGGUGGCUGAUUUGAACCUGAUACAGAUGCUGAGCCUGGACCCAGACUCGGAGCCCCACCCCCACGUCCUCCAUUAUGGACACUCCCAGAGUGACAUCCUGUCCGUGGUGUUUGAUUCCAGCACCGACACAGUUUUCUGGAUUGACAGUGCAAAGAUUUUCUCCAUGACACUUGGUAAUGCCAAUGGUCCCACCCUUCUUCUGGACAGUGGUCACUUUUCUCUCGGGGGUCUGGCUGUGGAUGAAGAAAAGCAGCGGCUGUACUGGUCAUCCUAUGACCAAUCUCUCCACGGCCGUAUCAUGCGCAUGAAGUUGAAGCAUGGGCCUAAGUCUACGAAACCCAUUGUGACGGUCAACAGGGCUGUUCCCAGGACAGUUUUACUGUACCCCAAGCGUAGGUGGAUAUUCUGGACUGAGUACCCAGAGCGACACAUGUCUGGAGACGAGGACUCCCACGAGGGAUCAAUCCACCGGGCCCAUACGAGUGGUACUCACCACCAAAUCCUGAUCAAACAGGGCCUCAUGUGGCCCAGCUCCCUUGCCAUUUACGACAACAGGUUGUACGCCGCAGCCAUGGGGGGCCGAGUCCUCAGCAUGGACCUUGAUGGUUCCAACAUUGAAGAACUGUACGUGUUUGAACCAUUCACAGUGGGCAUGUACGAAAUGUCUUUCUUGUCCAACUACCUCUUCAUGACCAAUCUAAAGCGUCGGUCAGUUGAUCUGCUGGACAUCGAGACUGGCUGGAAUGUAACGCUCUCCUCUCAGUUCAGUCGUCCAACUUCUCUUUCCUACUACCACCCUACAGAUCUCACAGAGAAUGGAGAAUGCCGGACAGACAAGAACCAUUGUAGUAACAAUUGUGUGUCCAUCCCGCGGUCACUUUACUGUACCUGUCCAGAUCGCCACACCCUCGCUCCUGACGCCCAAACAUGUGUGGAAGUGGCUGAACCAUGGGAGGCUGUGGAAGAGGUGAAUUGUCGCGGACGAUGUGGGGAGAAUGCUCAGUGUGCCCGCCUCAUCCCAACCAUCACCUUCCACUGUCUGUGUAGUCCAGGACACCAACCAAACUUCAAGGAGUGUCGAGCUUGUCCCGUGAACUUUUACAAGUCUUGGAUGGCAAACACUACAUGUAGUACCUGUGAGCUACGUGCCACCACACACGGACAGACUGGAUCCACUUCCUGUUCCUGUAGGAACCGCCAGCCACCACCGCAGAAUGAGCCGUGUGACGACAGUAUGGAAGCAGUGGUCACUGUGAAGGUGCCACCCCCGCCUCCCGUAACUUCCCAACCUAAACCAACAUACAAGGUGUGGCCUAAAGGUAAUUUAGGCAAGGCUGACUCCGGCGAGGAACAGAUGCUAGGUGACCCACGCUUUACAAAUGGACAAUGGACGGACUUCAACAAGAACGGAGCUCUCAACAGAGGAUCCCCAUACUUUGAGAACUGCCCGUCCAGAGAAACGCUGACCGUCCAGGUACCAGCCUCCAAAAGCAAGGCAUAUAUACCUGUUACAUGGUCGGCCCACGACUCGCGUGGAAACCAAAUCCCUUACCUCACAAAUUACCCAGAGGUUGAUGGGAAGUUGGUCCUCGAGUGGAUGGCCAAUGGCGAGGAUGGCAAGCAUACAGUGUUGAUGGAUGCUAAUGAUAUUACGGGUCAGAUCACUGUCUGCAAGUUCUACGUCCUGGUACAAGAUGAAGUUCUACCGUCGUUCACCUACUGCCCUCGAGACCUGUCCAUUAAGUCCACCAAACAGCAGGAGAGAGUGUUAUGGAAGAAACCUGCUGCUGAAGACAAUAUAGGGGUGGGAUCAUUGACGGGAACCCAUCAAUCUGGAGAAGAGUUCCUACAGGGACUUACUAUCGUCAACUUUACUGCUACCGACCAGGCUGGCAACAGGGCCUACUGCAACUUUUCAGUACAUGUUUACGAAGACAAGAAGUCAUGUGAAUUCCCCGAAAUGGACAAUGGAGUAUUUGUAUGUAGCAUGAACCCUAAGACACACGUGGAGUCCUGCUAUAUUGUGUGUGAAAAGUCCUACGCUGUCAACCCGUUAGAACUGUUCAGGAAGUCUUACAACUGUGAUGACACCGAAGUCCUUCUUACCCUCGAAAACAUCCUCAAAUACCAGCAAGGCUGUCUAAGUGUUGCACUGCCAUCUGUAGUCACUCAGGAGUUUACAAUGUGGUUCAAGGGUCCCUGUGAGUCAGACGACCCUGAUCUGGAGGAUGAACUGUACCUGUCGGUGAUACAGUACCUUAAGGUACACACGCCCUGCUCCUCUCGCUUCUGUCACUUCAGCAAUAUCACCAUUGAGUGCGACUACGACAGCAGUGUCGACCGCAAUAGACGCAGCUACAUGGAGAGCCUGCUGUUCAUGGUCCGCUGGAAUGUCACAAUUGACAACGGAACGGAUUUUCCCGAGGGUCAGGUGAGGUCUAUCCUACAGGACAUCCGAUUGGAGUUGGAACGCCUCCUGCCUGGUUUUAGUCUCCAUUUAGAUAAUCACCAGUAUAUGGCUGUUCGCAAAGUGGAAACCUCAGACCUAAUCUGGAGCUGUCGCCAGGGCGAGAUCUGGAACCAAGACGAUUGUGUGGCAUGUCCCCCAGGGUCCCGUUUCGUGGCUGGACCAACACCCUACUGCCACAUAUGUCCCCCGGGAACCUACCAGCCCUAUGAUAGACAGGAGGAUUGCUUCCCUUGUCAGGACGACCUCAACUCUAAUCCAGGCACCACCAGCUCCAAGCAAUGUUUUGAAGUGACUCCUUUGGACCAAAUGAGCAAAUUUAUCAUCAUCACAGCUUGUACCUUUGGAUUCGUGUUCCUGGGAAUGGCCAUCAUCCUGUAUUUCCAAUAUAAACGUCAGCAGAAGAAGUCACGUGGUAGUAGAGGUCUAACGGUGGCCGACGGACAAAAGUACAUCACCCCAAAUCUAUAUGUGGACCCGGUCCCAAUGCCCGGGUUGAGUCCAGAGCCCACCCAAAGGACCAUUACCAUAUCAAAACCUAAACUCACGCCCGACACCAAGUCGAAGCUAAAACAGAGUCACCUUUACAGUAACCAUGACUACGAUGACAUGCCAUAUACUUCUACCUUGUCCUCACUACACAAUGGCUCUGCCCGAACAGUUUACCAAAACGACUUCACAAAUCUGUCUCCCCCGGGAAGUCCGCGUAGUGCCAGGAUGGUGGGGUCUCCCAUGACAGACAGAGGCAUUGGAUCUCCCAUGAAUGAUCGUGUCAAUGGAUCCCCUAUUGCUGAGCGUAUAUUGGGGUCACCUGUCACAGACCGAGCUAUAUAUAAUGGAGACUUCCGAAAUUUCUCUCCAACACCACGAACCAAUAGUCUUAGACAUCCAAGGAGCCAGUUUCACAUGUAUGAAGAAUAAUACAUAGCAUGUAGUGUUAGAACUGAUCACUCAAUACAGAAGGUAGUGCAAGACACGAGUAUAUUAACGGGAUAAUGACACGUCACAUUGAAUGAUGUAGAAUGAGUAAAACGUAAAUGGGACACACUAUUUAAAUGUAAAAUAUGAUUCAUAAUAUUUACAUUUCCUGCUCAAUGUUGUUAUUAAUGUAUGAGGAACAAAGUCAGGAUUGAUCAUAGGACUUGGCACAGGAAACGGAGGAAAUAGAACAAUAUGGCUAUAUCAGAGUUUAGCGGAUGGGUACUGAACAUGAAUCCUGUCUGUAUGAGGGGACGGGGACAUCGCUUCCUUUUCCCUGACUUUUGAAGUGAAGCACAUAAAUAUCAUUUCAAUAAAUGACAUCAGAAAAGAAAGAAGGAUUGAAACACUAUACUAAACUAUACAUGUGUUAAUGGUUUCUUUGUGUAAAGACACGUAAAGGAUGAUAUUCUAUAUCAUAUGUGACAGGACGUAUUUGUUGCUCAGUGUGGUAAAGAUGUUGACACGAUACCAAGUCUCAUGUUUCUAAGGUGAAAUGACAACUACGUAUGUGAACAAAAAAUUGCUGAAAUAUACCUUGAAAUCAAGAAAGAUGUUGACACUAUACCAAGUCUCGUGUUUCUAAAUAACAAGGUGAAGUGACAACCACGUAUGUGAACCAAAAAUUGCUGAAAUAUACCAAGAAAUCCAGAAGACUUUCUUCAAGAAUCAUUCCUUUUCAUUUUUGUGUUGUCUUCUUUCUGAUACCUAUCAGUGGAAAUUGUGUACAGUACAAUACACAUAUGUCUUUUACAAGGAUUUCAAUUUUUUUUAUUUUUUUUUAUUUUUGAACAGAAAUUUUGAAUGUUUCAUGUAAAUUUAAACC